AAUUUCACAAAACUAGCAUUUUCUUUCAUGCUUCAAUGAUUAUAUUUAAUCAGCUGGUAUUGUUGGUCUAACAAGACACAUCCUUUGAUUCUUGAUUUACUGCAAUAUAUAAAGUCUCAAUACAAGUAAUUGAUAUUAAUAAUUAAAAUACACAGGGAAUGGAUGAAAAAAAUAAACAAAACAAAUACCACAAUAUAUUUCUUGAAAUUCCUGAUCAAUUGAGCCUACAUCAAGAAAUUAGUAAUAAUUGAUUAUCAAAGAAUUUGUAAAUUCGCAUAAAAAAGCAAAGGCUUGCCAUAAAACAGCAGAUGGUGUUUGGCGUCAAACCUUCUUCUUGUUGUCUGGACAACUAAACGAGAGAGCAUGUUAAGUAACGUUUUACUUUCUGGACCUCAUUGAUUAGUCCUUGUUGUUAGAAAACUUUCUUCAAAUCAACAUGGCAACAUCAACGAGCGUCUUCAUUUUAUAUUUGGUUAUAGCAAAAGCGAACCUACUGAAAGAGAAUGGCGGCCAAAAUGUUACUACAGCAGUCUCUUUAAGAGAUCGCAAUUUAACCACUUUAGAAGAAAUAUCAUUUGAAAAAUCAAAAGAUGUUCAUAGUCCAGUAUUGCAGUACAACAUCACUGAUAAGGCAGUAAAUGCAAUAACAAUGGAAAAGAAGAAGAUAAACUCUACUAAAUUUAACAAACACCUCAUGGAUAUCAUUACCUUUUUGCGUGAUCAGAAAAAAAAUUGUUCCUUAAAUUGUGCAUUGAAGGUCACAACAGAUCUGUUUAAAAAUGGAACCAUAUGCGACGAGGUGUUAUAUAUUUCCUCUUGUGGAAAGAGUUUAAAUACCACAUGGAAAUCAUGUACCACCAAUGAAACAAAUUAUAAGGAGCUUCAUUAUAUUGUUUGUCAGGUAUUUGGUAUCAUCACUUCUAUCCUUCCUACCAAGAACGUUUCAGACAUCACUUCUUGUGAAAAAAAGUUAAUCACAUAUGAUUGUAAUUCUUUAAUGGAAAAAAAGAAUGAUGUGAUAACGUACUCAAUACAAAGUACCUCUUCUAAACUACAAAAAGAUCUUUUAAAUGCAUGCAAUGGAUUUCGAAUUGACAAAGCAAUAUGCGCAUGCUCCUUAUUUGAGGUAAAGUAUGCGACUAACCGUGCAAAUUUAUGCACGGUUAUAAAUGCUAAAUCAAAUAGCAUUACUCAAAAUGUAGUGGGACACACUAACCACUGGUUACCUAAUAUCAUGGAAAAAGCAUGCUCUUAUUUUAACUUGAGUAGCACGCAGUGCCAAUGUCAACAAUUCAAAUUAUUACGUAAAAAAGAAGAAAAGAAUUUUUGUCGAAUGAGUGGAAGUGUUGCUCCACCAUUAAUAGACAGUCUUGAUCAACUUUGUUGGUUUUUCAACGUUUCAAAAAAUAAAUGUUCAUGUGAAAUAUUUGAGAUUGGAGAAAAGCACAAAAUAUUUGAAUCGGUGUGUGAUUUAGAAAAAUAUUUGAACAGCACAAUUCAUAUCAUCAUUGUGUACGAUGCUGUAUAUGUCAGGACACAUGCCAGUAUUGGUAUAGUUGCUGCAUUGGCUGGAAUGGCAGGAAAUACUUUAGUCCUAGUUGUCGCUAUUGUAAAUAGGAAAGGACAGUCGACCUGCAAAACUUUGUUUGCACAUUUAGCGGCUUCAGACUUACUCUUUGCGGUACUACAAUUUAUUUACUUUGUUCCAAAAUAUUGGACAACAGAUUGGUUAUAUGGAUUAGCAAUGUGCAAAGUCUUGAAAAGUUCCGAAAUGCUCGGUUCGAUGGUAGCCAUUGGCAUUAUACUAAUUAUAAGUAUGGAACGUUACAUAGGAAUUUUAGAGCCCUUUCGUCGAGGAAUAUCCAAAAGUGGCAUGCAGUGUAUUCUUGCCUUUAACAUAGUACUUGGAAUCGCGUCCAUAAUUCCAUUGAUUUUAUAUAACAAAACUGAUGUAACAAAAAUGUGCAGACCGAUGUGGCCAAGAUUAAAAGACGACACGACCAUAUACAACAGCUACAUUUUGGUUAUGUACUUUUUCAUUCCGGUUGUAAUAAUAACAUUCUUGUAUAUACGUAUUAUACUAAAUUUGCAUGGCACAGUAACAUUUGGAAAUGAAAAUUGGAUUGCUGAUCCAAGAUUACGCUUAAAACGCGUCACUGAUAAUAAAAAGACAAUGUACAUGUUACUAGCUGUAGUUAUUGCGUUCAUUACCUUUGUCUUUCCAAGACAUAUUGUUUACAUAUAUUUCGAUACGCGUGGAUGGACAGGAGAAAUGAUUCGAACGGGUGACAUAACCACUUAUUUUAUUUUAAUGUACAUAGCAAAUGUACCAUACCCCCUUCACGUUGCUAUCAAUCCUAUAAUUUACAGUAUAUUAGAUGCUAAAUGGAGAAAAAACGUUAAGAAAUUAAUAUGGAAUAUACCAGUAAAAACAAGAGCGUUGUCUACCACACUAACAAGUGUUGCAGGCCGUAGAAGAAGCAGUAGUGGUGUAAUAUUGGAUCGAUCGACAGAAGAUUUAAGAAUAUCAUACCCUUCAAAAAGGUCUACGCUUCAUAUAGAUGUUGAAACAACAUCACUUCCAUCAGCAACUCCGUCACCGCUUGUAAUACGAGCACCACAUUUAUCGGAUUCGUCAACAAAGUCCACUGGAUCAGAUUGUCCUUUCACGGAAGUAUUUAAAGGACAUUAUAAUGCUAUAUCUGCUUAUCGUGUAAUAAAGUUAUUAUUGCUCGCAUUGCAGUAUAGGAAUAAAAUGUGGAUAAAAAUACUUUUUAUGCUGUUUUGCAUUACUUUAAGAAUGACUUCAGUGUUGUGCACAAACACAACAUUUUUGUAUGAAGCAAAGAAAAGAGUAUAUGUAACUUCUGUGGAAGAACUGUGCGAUGCAUUUGGCCGGCCGAGAAGUUCAUGUUCAUGUGAAUUCUUUAACACUGCUGAGAAUGAUACGUUCGCUUCGGCAUGCGAUUUUACCAAAAUAACCCAACUGCGCAUAGGAAAGCUGUCAACUACGCAUAAUAUCACAGCUUUGCUAGCAUCUUUGCUUGGCAUCAUAGGCAACGCAAUUGUUUUGUUUACUAGUUUCAAACAAGUGCGUAAGCUCUCACCGCAUCAAGUCAUUAUAGCUCGUUUAGCCUGCUGCGACUUCUUAUUUGCAAUUUUACAAUUAUUUUAUGUCAUACCGAAAUUUUGGGGUAGAAAAUGGAUUUAUGAAAUUUUUUUAUGUAAAGUUGUACGAAGUUCGGAGUAUCUCGGGUGUUAUUUAGCAGUUGGUUUAAUUAUGCAAGUGACUGUUGAAAGGUAUUAUGGAAUAGCUUUUCCACUUCGAAGAAAAUCAUCAAAAAAAAUACAACGUUUCUUUUCUAUAACCAAUAUAACAUUGUCCGUUUUGUCAAUUAUUCCAUUAUUGUUACAAUACAAUAUAGAUGGACAUGAAAGAUGCAUUUUAAAUUGGAACAUCAAACAUUUCUCAUACAUAGCCUACGAAAUAUGCGUUUUAUACAUAUUUUUCCUGAUUCCUAUCACAAUUAUGUCCACAUUGUACUUUAAAAUGAUCUUUGCUUUAAAGAAGUCUGUUAAAAUAUUGCACCAAUCGAGUAGCAGUACUGUGACACAAGAGCGAAGAUUGAUUGCCAACAGAAGGCGCGUUCGUGUAAUCAUGGCAAUUCUGCUAGCAUUUGUUUUGUUGAUCUUACCAAGACACAUCGUACACAUCUACUUUGAUGCUCGUGGUUGGAGAAAGGAUUACUUCCCUUCUUAUGUCAGAAACAGCAAUCAGAUUACUUAUUACUAUUUAUCAUUUUUAGCGUAUGUUCCUUAUUCGCUGCAUGUUGCGAUCAAUCCUCUAAUUUACAGUUUUUUUCUUACGAAAUGGCGGAAAGACAUGCAGGUAAAGUUGGCACAAUAUGUGCCAUGCUGUUCCAACUACUUCACCAAAGAGCGAACUAAACACAACAGCAUUGCGUACACUGUAAGUGGUCACAUUAUCAAUACGAAAUGACUGUUACUUUCAUCAUGCCUCAUACCAUUAUGCACCAUGCAUGUUGCAUGUACAUAUUGUACUGCCCGUACAUAGACAUAAUUAAUUAAGUAAUCUUCGAGGAGAUAAGAACUUUAGCUGAACCACAAAACCGAAAAUACAUCUUAAUUGAUUCACAUUAUGUUAAUUUAUAUUUUAAGAUUGUAACUCUUAAAGAAUUAUUUUUAACAUAUUAUAAUAAACACAUACCUUGUCUGUCCAUUUAUUUUCCCUUUAGACCACGUCAAUCUUGUUUAACUUUUAUUUACUAUGUAUUUAGAUUCUGCAGGGAGUUGUAAUUUUAGUAAACACAACAGGACAACAUAACUAAGAUGCUUCAAAAUGCGCAUCAUACUUCCGUCAUGCACGAGGACCUGUAUUGAAAUUCCAAGUAAACAAUCUACUAUACUCCAUUUAACUUCCACUGCGGAUAAAAUUGUUGACUUAGUUUUAUUAAACAAACAGAUAUCUUUCUGUAACAAGAUUUUUUUUUUGCAAAAAUUAAAACUGUAUGUUGAUUUUGACCGUAAAAUUAAUACCACCAAAACACCAUUUUUAUUUGUUGGAUUAAGUCAAGAAUUUAUACACACACCAAUUCAAUGAUGUUGAAUAUGACCCUAAAAUCAAGACAUCAAAAUUUAAAUUUUUUUUUAAAACAUGUAAUUCGGGAAACGUGUAUUAGGAAUCAAAUUUUAAAAAGACAUUGUUUUAGUAUGAUUUUAUUAAUUUUCAACAUAUUUGUUAACUAUUGUUUCUUUAAAGAAGGAUGGAUUAGUUCAAGUACCAUGAAAAACGUAAGAAUAUAUUUUAGUUUUACAAUAUCUCGACUUUAACACGAUGUUGCAAUACUGAGAUAAAAUCUUUUGCCCACAGACGGAUUAAAAUCAUUAUAAUCCAGAUUAGCCGCAAACGGUUGAGUGUUCAGUACAGGUUAACCGUGUCGUCCGGGUGGUGCGCUUUAUAACAGAUGGAUCAUCCAGUGGAGGGCUAUAGCAUAUUUUUCCUAAAAAAUCUUUCCGUAACUUCAUCUCUGUGCUAAUAAUACUCAUAUUUUAUCUGGCCGAUUUUGUAUUAAAAAUGCACGGAAUAUUUUUGACCAAAAUAGCUAAUGUUAACGUUUAA